AUGACCGCCGUCAUGGCUCCCCAGCACACCGGAUCCUGGCCACGACGGGACGAGUACAGCAUGCACAUGCCCGCCAUCAACUUGUCCACUCUUCCCUCGCCCUAUGCUUCGUCGUCGUCUUCGUCGCAGGCGUCGUCGUCGAGGGUCAUGCCCUCCUCUCAGGCCCAGCAGUACCACUCCCAACCCUACGACUCUCAGGUCCCCUACUUCCAGACCUGCGGCCCGCCUUCGUCCAUGUCGCACUCCUACUCGACCUCGUUUGCCUACGACCCCGUCGAGUCGACCGCCUACACCGUCCAGCCCAGCUUCAGCAUGAGCUAUCCGCCCGCCUCGGCCCCGGCUCCCUCGUAUCUGGGCAGCUCGGUGCUGCAGUCGGGCUUGCCCACUUAUCCGCACAUUGGUAGGAGCCCGCCCGUCAAGACCGAGACGCACUCGCCCGUCGAGGCCUACCAGCAGUUCAGCGAGCUCCGCCUGGGCGACGACUACCGCGUCGCCAGCUCGGGCGAGUCGGACAACGGCGCCGGCACGGCCUUCCACACGGAUAUCGACACGCUCAUGAAGGCCAUCCAGGCGAAGCAGGAGAAUGUACGGCGGCAGCCGCCGCCCGCCGCGAGCACACUGACCAUCUCCAAGACCGAAGUGACACCAGUCACCAAGCCGGGUGACAAGCUGAAGAAGAGGUACCGGUGCAACCACCCUGACUGCAACAAGAGCUUCUACCAGAAGACGCAUCUGGACAUCCACAGGCGGGCGCACACCGGCUACAAGCCCUUUGUAUGCAAGGAGCCUUCGUGCGGGCAGCGUUUCUCCCAGCUUGGGAACUUGAAGACGCACGAGAGACGACAUACCGGCGAGCGGCCGUACAACUGCGACAUCUGCGGCAAGACGUUUGCACAGCGCGGCAACGUGCGAGCGCACAAGAUUGUGCAUCAGAACAUCAAGCCGUUUGUGUGCAAACUCGAGGGUUGCGGCAAGCAGUUCACCCAGCUCGGCAACCUGAAGUCGCACCAGAACAAAUUCCAUGCCCAAGUCCUGAAGCACCUCACCCGGAAAUUCGCCUCGUUCCGCGAGGGCCAGGUCGUGUCGGAGCAGGACCGCGAGCUGUGGGAGUAUUUUGCCUCUCUGUACAAAAACUCCAACAAAGGCAUCAAGGGGCGUGGCAAGGACCGCCGCAUCUCGACCAUUUCCUCGUCGGCGGGGGCGUCGUCGUGCUCGCCGGCCUCGUCGUCGUCGACAACGCCCGUCCCAGCCAGCUGCACCGCGCCCUCGUCAGCCUCGCCGACCGCUCCCUCGAUGCACGUCUCGACGACCACGGCCGCCGGCGCCGCGUACAACAUCCCGCCCAGCCUGUCCUCGCCCUACUCGACCCUCUCGACGACGAGCUCGCACCGCUCGUACGCCAGCUCAGGCAGCGUCGUGUCGAGCAACGCGGUGGCCGCGGCGGCGGCGGCAGCACGCGACCACUACGGGCACGGGCACAGCAGCAGCAGCCGCUCGCCCUCGCUGUCCAGCGCCUCGGAGUCGGAAUACCACCGGCACGUAGCUGUGGGAGGAGGAGGAGCAGCAGCAGCAGCAGCAGCAGCAGCAGCAGCACCGCCCUCAUCCCAGCGCUACGGCGCCCCUGUCUACGCCGCCGGCCCCUCGUACGCCCCCCAGCACCAGCACCAGCACCCGCACCCGCACCCGCCGAGGCCCCUGUCGGCGUCGCAGCGGGCGCCGCCGCCACAGCACCAGCAGUCUUCUCAGCAGCCGCAACCGCAACAGCCGCAGCCGCACUCGCAAGCGGCCCGGCACCAGCGCCCCCAUCACACCCAGUACCAACCGCAGGGCGCAUCGUACGGCUCGUAUGCUUACCCGGAUGCGAAGCUGUACUAGGUAGCUGAGGCGCUGGUCAGGCGAGAGCGAGACACGACGACGACGACGACGACGACGACGACGCGGGGUUCACGACCGUCUGGGCAGUAGAUGAGAGUGAGCAUUGGCAUGGCAUUGGCAUUGGCAUUGGCAUGGCAUGGCACGGCACGGCAUGAGCGAGCACGAGCAUUAAUGGGCGAUGGCUUGGCUGGCUGGCUGGCUGGUGGGCUGGGCUGGGCUGGGCUGACCGUCGGUGGUGGUGCGUAUGGCCUGCCACCACCCACCUAGGCUCCGGCCAGGCCUGGCUUGGCGACGCGGCGUCGGUCUGGCCAUAUUG